AUGGCUUUUGCUCAAUCUGUCUACAACCAAAGCUCUGUCUUGAAAAUCAAUGUCAUGGUUGUGGACGAUAAUCGUGUUUUCCUUGAUAUUUGGUCACGCAUGCUUGAAAAGUCCAAAUACAGAGAGAUCACGGUUAUAGCUGUAGACUAUCCGAAGAAAGCAUUAUCUACUCUAAAAAAUCAACGAGAUAAUAUAGAUCUUAUAAUCACAGAUUAUUACAUGCCUGGCAUGAACGGUCUACAACUCAAAAAACAAAUCACUCAAGAAUUUGGAAAUUUAUCAGUCUUAGUUAUGUCAUCGGACCCAAACAAAGAAGAAGAGAGUUUAAGUUGUGGAGCAAUGGGUUUCAUUCCAAAACCCAUAGCACCAACUGACUUACCAAAGAUUUACCAGUUUGCUUUAACCUACAAGAGGAACGGUAAAUCAACAUUAUCGACCGAGCAAAACCAAAAGGACGCAAAUGUUAGUGUCCCUCAGCAAAUCAUGUUGGUUCCUGAGCAAGCUUACGUUUUAAAGACCAAGAAGAAGAACUGCUCAUCUAAAUCAGAUACAAGAACCGUGAACAGUACAAAUGUAAGUCAUGUUAGUACGAAUGGUUCAAGAAAAAAUCGGAAACGAAAACCCAAAGGUGGUCCUAGUGAUGAUGGCGAGUCUCUGUCGCAACCCCCCAAGAAGAAAAAGAUUUGGUGGACGAAUCCUCUUCAAGACCUAUUCUUACAGGCUAUCCAACAUAUCGGUUAUGAUAAGGUGGUGCCCAAAAAGAUCCUCGCGAUCAUGAACGUACCAUACUUGACAAGAGAGAACGUAGCCAGCCAUUUACAGAAAUAUCGGUUAUUCGUGAAGAGAGUCGUGCAUCAAGGUAGGUUUAGCAUGCUGUCAGAUAGAGGCAAAGACUCGAUGUUUCGACAAACUCACAUUAAGGAGCCGUACGUCAACUAUUACACACCAUCUACUUCUUGGUAUGAGACAAGUCUUAACAAUAGAUCAUUCUAUUCCGAAUCCGUACAUGGACACUCUAGACUCUUGUCCGAAGCACGUGAGCCCGUCCGCUACAACCAAAUGUCUUACAACUACAUGAACCGCAACAUCAGUUUCGAAAACCAACCAUCUCAAAACGAAGAAACAAGAACCGUUUUCGAGCCACCCGUGAUGGCGAACAAAAUCAGCCAAACAUCUCAAGUUCUUGGGUUUGGACAACUUGGACCGUCAGCUAUCAGUGGUCAUAAUUUCAAUACUAACAUGAUGAGCAGCUAUGGAAGUUUGACUCCGAAUCAACCGGGAACUAGCCACUUCUCCUAUGGGAUGCAAUCGGUCUUAAACAAUGAGAACGCAACAUAUAACCCUCAGCCACCUGCCAAUGCAACUACACAGCCAAAUCUUGAUGAACUUCCUCAACUGGAGAAUCUCAACUUAUACAAUGAUCUCGGCAACACUAGUGAGCUUCCUUACAACAUAAGUAACUUUCAAUCCGAUGACAACAAGAAACAAGGAGAAGAAGAUGGUGACUGGACCUUCGUGAACAUAAACCAGGAUCAAUCUAAUGGAGAAUCAUCGAACACUAUUGCUACUCCGGAGACUAAUACUCCAAAUUUCAACAUUAACCCUAAUCAGAAUCAGGGACAAGCUGUUCCAGAGUUUACCGAUUGGUCGUUUUUGGAUCAGCAGGAAUUGGUUGAUGACGACUUCAUGAACUCUCUGUUCAACAAUGACAUGAAUUGAAAAGGGUUCUCUUCUCCAAGAUGUUCUCAAAAGCGAGGUGAAGAAAUAAAACCGGC